ACAGGGACCCCCAAGAUGGAAACGCAGGGGCUGCCCGCCGCGGAGGCGGCCCGGGCCCGGCCCGGCGCCCAACAUGGCGGCCCCGCCGCGCCGCCCGCCGCCCCGCGCCGCCCGCCGCCCGACUGGGACCCGGCGGCGCCGCCCGCCUCCUCCUCCUCCACCGCCGGCACGGCCGCGUCGGGCCUCUACGUGAGCUUCCCGGUGCUGCUGGUGGAGGAGAAGCCGGAGUCCGGCGCGGCGCCCGGCCCUUGCGCGCCGCCGGCGGGGCCCACGCCCGACAGCGACGGGGUCCUGCUCGUCCUCAACGUGGUGCCCGGCGCGGCCGAGGGCGGUGGCGACGCGGGGCGCGCCCGGCCGUGCCCGCCGCCCGCCGAGCCGCCCGAGGAGGCCCCGAGCUCCGCGCCGCCUGCUCCUCCUCCACCUCCUCCUCCUCCUCCUGCUCCCGCGGGCGAUGCCGGGCCCGAGGACGGCUCGUUCUCGGGGACCAUCACCAUCAACAACCAGAGCCUGGUGGUGCGCAUCGAGAACGGCGUGCUCACGCUGGGGCCGGGCGCCGAGCAGCCCGCGGGCUCCGCGCCGCCGCCUCCUCCUCCGCCGCCUCCUCCUCCCCCCGCCGAGCCGCGGCCGCGCUCCCCGCCCGCUUUCCCGUGCCCGGAGCCGCGCUGCGGCGAGGCUUUUCCCCGCAAGCAGCAGCUGCGGCUGCACCGGCUGUCGGCGCACGGAGGAGGAGGCGGCGGCGGAGGGGACGAGGGUCGCGGGGCGGCUCGGCCGUUCGGCUGCCCGGUGCCCGGCUGCGCUUGGUCGUUCGCCACGGCGUAUAAACUGCGGAGGCACCUGCACUCGCACGACAAGCUUCGACCUUUCGCCUGCGCCGCUCCCGGCUGCUCCAAGCGCUUCACCACCGUCUACAACCUGCGGGCUCACAGCCGCGCCCACGAGCAGGAGGCGGCGCACAAGUGCGAGGCGUGCGGGCAGCGAUUCCCCAGCGCCGCCCGCCUCGCCGCCCACCGCCGCCGCAGCCACCUGGAGCCCGAGCGGCCCUACCGCUGCGACUUCCCCGGCUGUGAAAGAACAUUUAUCACAGUGAGUGCAUUGUUCUCCCAUAAUCGAGCCCAUUUCAGGGAGCAAGAGCAGUUCUCCUGUUCAUUUCCUGGCUGUAACAAGCAGUAUGACAAAGCCUGCCGACUGAAAAUCCACAUGAGGAGUCACACAGGUGAAAGGCCUUUUCUCUGCGACUUUGAAGGUUGUGGCUGGUCUUUCACCAGUAUGUCCAAGCUGCUGAGACAUAAAAGGAAACACGAAGAUGACAGGAGGUUUACAUGCCCAGUAGAAGGCUGUGGGAAGUCCUUCACAAGAGCAGAACAUUUAAAAGGCCACAGUAUAACUCAUCUUGGUACAAAACCAUUUGAGUGUCCAGUAGAAGGCUGUUGUGCAAAAUUUUCGGCUCGAAGUAGUUUGUAUAUUCACUCCAAAAAACAUCUUCAGGAUGUGGACUCAUUAAAGACUCGUUGCCCUGUAUCCAGCUGUAAUAAAUUGUUUACUUCCAAACAUAGUAUGAAGACACACAUGGUCAAACAGCAUAACUUCAGCCCAGAUCUCCUAACUCAGCUUGAGGCAACCAGCUCGCUCACGCCCAGCAGUGAACUCACUAGUCCGGGACAGAAUGAUCUCAGCAACAUAGACCUCGUAUCCCUGUUCUCCAACGUGUCUAGUAACAAUUCUGGAAUUGCAACAGACAUGGCGUUAGUGAACUCUGGAAUUGUCACGAUUGAUGUUGCUUCAGUGGGCUCAACACUCGGAGGAAACCUGCCUGUCAGUAACAGUUCUUUAAGCCAGGCAGUCGAUCCCUUGAUACUGGUGGCUAGCAGUGAUAUGCCGCAGAGCCUGGACAGUUCUCUCUUGCUGGGAACCAGUACAACGGUUCUACAGCAAAGCACUUUAAAUUUGGAUGAUGUACAGACUGUCAAUGCAGAAGCCUUGGGUUCACUAGCAUCUCUGUCGAUGAGGAAUUCCAGUCAAGAUGUGCACGGCUUGACAUCCAGCAAUAAUUUGACGAUCGACACAGCCACUUUGACUCCUUCUAGUAGCCUUGGUGGUACCAAUGUGCCUGAGUUACUAACACCGACUAAAGUUGAACGGAAUUUGCUUCCUAGCUCAGAUGUUGUUGGUCAAAAAGAAGGCAGCAAAGUAGUGACGCAGUUUGUCUUCUCCAAUCCUCCAGGGAGCUACAGUGCACAGAAAGAAAUGGAUCUUGGCACAGUGACUGGCGGCUCAUUUUUGGAGAGCAGUGGGUCUGCAAGAACAGAUUACAGAGCCAUUCAACUCGCCAAGAAAAGAAAACAAAAGGGGAGUGGGAGUGGCACAGGGGCAUCUGGCUCUGGUCAGAGGAAAAGCAAGGGUGGUAAAGUAAGCCCCACCAACUUCUCAUCAUCCACUUCUGGCAGUCGACUGGGUGGCAACAUAGUUCUGCCAAACGGAGGCCUGACAAUAAGGGACCCUGCCAUCGGAGCCCAGUACGUGCAAAUUCAGCUUCUUCAGGAUGAUUCCCCAGGAGAGGGAGAUUUGCCCUUUCAACUGAGCUCUCAGUCCUCUUCAUCACAUUCUCAGCUCACAGUGGAUUUACCUGUUCACAUACUUCAGGAACCACACAAUUCAACUGAAGAUGAUGCAGGUUCUGAUAACUCUCAGUUCACUGGAAGCACAAUAAACUUACAGGAUCUGGAAUGACCAUUACUAACAACAGUUACUUGAAAACAAAUUGGGCAAUCAUGCCUUGACAUAGUGAGAUAACUGUGGGUCUUUUUCCAAGGAAAAUAUGAAAACCAGGACUACUGGAUGAUAGUUUUACUCUUUGCAGUUUGCUAAAGACAGUUGCAGCUGAAAGAUUUUAUUAAAAAAAUGUAAAUCCCACUUGAUGUGCCUGUGUAAGAUACCUUGUCUGCCUAGUGGCUGGAGAGGCUCAGGCAGACUGCUGUACAGUGUUGUUUCAGGGAGAAGUACUGUAUUAAACUUCAAACUGAGGUAAUAUUUACUGUUUUCACAGGAAAGCAAGUAUUCUACAGCUAACAAGUACAAAUUUAUAAUCCUGCCUACAGCAGUUAAAAUUUUCCCUCUGUUGGUCUCCUGCUGGAGCCAGAGACAUUGAGGAAUUAAGCUAAAAUUUGCAGGUGUUUUCCACAUACAAAAAGAUAUUUGUUUCGGCCCCUGUGUUUUGGCAGAAACCUGGAAUAAAGUGUCACAUGUAACAAAACUAAUUUCCUAUACCAUGAAAAUGAGAUGCUCUAAAAUCUUUGUUUUAGAAAGCUAGAUUCUAAAUGUUAACUUAGCUGUGAAUCAGUUUGUAGCUCAUGUUGAGUUUCUCCCUUUCCUUUUCUUGCGUCCCAAAUAUUUUGCUGAAUUCUUCCAGCAAAACCUGAAAAAGAAAACUGCAAUAGAACUGUGCUCACUGUAAGUGAUUAGCUAAGAGUCCAACAGCAUCUGAGAGAGGUUCAUUUUAUCUUUGUGUUCCCUUUUCUGGGAGGAAUGUCGACCGUCACAAAUUUAAGCACCUUGAUUUUAUUUCACUUGUAAAAUGCUGCCAAGUUGCCUGUAAACUGGCCACUAUAUUUUUAUUUCGUAGAGGGGUUUUGGGUUUUUUUUCAAUUGAACACUGUUAACACUUGUUCUUUAUUGAUGUCCCAGAUUGUCACAUGCAUGUGGAGCUUCCGGCUGGUUUACAGAAUAUGCAGUUGUCAGAGUAUUCUGUGAGGGGAAAAAAUUGUUACCUAGGAGGAUUUGUCCCACUGAAAAACUGCAGUUUCUCUUGGGGGCGGGGGGAGAGGUUGUAUGUACUGUACUUAUCUGAAUUGCAGACAUCUAAAUAAGUAUAGGGUUAUAUAGGAAAAAAAAAACCCCUUUGAUUACAUUUUAUGGUAGUAAUUUAAAUGUUUCUUAUGGUGAUGUACUGAAUGCCUAUAAAAUUAUGUAUAGGAGUUUGAUAAAAGGGUGUAUGUACUGGUUUUUAUUCUCAAUGAGGUGUGUAUGUAUGCACGUAUGUAUUUUUUUUACAAGAUAAGAUAAUGUCAUGCAGAAGAACAUUGUGAUCUUUCUAAUCUUGCACAUAUUUAUUUAUUUUACAGUUAUACUGAUGUUGAAUUCACACGAGGUCAUUCAGAAAUGCUUUUACUUCCUGUGCCUUUUGAACUAUGUAUGUGUCCAGAUAAAUACUUCUUUGGUUAAAGACUUGGGGAGAAAAAAAGUAUGCAGGUUACAUUCAACUUCAGAUCCUGAUUUGUAGGCAGUAUUUUAUCCUCUGGUUGAACCAGUUUUAUUUUUCUAUCUAGCUUAAUUGAGCAUUGAGGUCUCUCUGUUCCUCUCAUCCUGAAUUUACAGCUUAUGCCUAGGGAAUCUCUUAACCCUCUCAGGUUGGGUUUCCAAGCCAAACUAAUUGGUAGAUGUAGUCUUCUACCUGGUAGAUGCGACUACAGCAUGGAGUCCACUCCUGAGAGGUAGAAGGGUUGAGGAGGAAUCCUGCUGAAAGGGGAUUACUGGGUGUUGUGCUAGUGGUCACCACAGUCUCCCUGGAAGCUGAGACACCUCGAGCUCCCAAUGUCUGCAUUGUGCUGUUCUCAAGGACCAUACCAGUUCUUAAUCUAUUAAAACAGCCAAGGAACACUCCAUCUUUUUAUGGGACUUGCAACCGAAUCUUUUUACUUCUGAAAAUGUAUCUCACUCAGCUUUGUAAGUGAAUGUAAAGUGCUAACCUCUUGGGGCUGAAAAUUGGAUCACUUGGCUUGAACUCCAUUGCUGGCAAUGGAUACCUGAAGAACUGCUGGUGCAAAAGGGUUAAUAAAGCUUUUUUUUUUUUAUGGU